UAUUAGUUGCUCUUAAUGACUGAAGACAUGCGGGGAUACAAUUGUCAUUGUUCACUCGAAAUCAAAACAAACAGUGUGGGCGGAGGUGCAUCACUAGCUCUUCACAAGUCCAAAUUUGGGGAGAAUGAUUUAAAAUUCGGCAGCAGAGGCAGGCCAGGACGACCCUUUCGACCCAGAAGGUGCUCAAGAAUUAUCUCAAAGCUAGCGAUGGCAGUUGACAGAGAGAUGGAGCUUGAAGGGAAUAACGACGAGAUCGGUAGACCAGAAGAUGACAUGGGCAUAUCGUAUACCCUUGAUAUGUUUCGGGAGCAUGAUGAGGUGCGUCAGAUGCUGAGCUCCAUAGAAAAUGCAGUUGAAAAUCAAUUCACAGCUGAAAAGGCGUUUGAAACUUUAAAGACUAUCCUUGAUUAUUACCAGGAACAGCCUCAUCUCCUUGACCCACAUCUCGAAGGAAUUCUUACCCAGUUGGUGGAAGUUACACGUAACCCAAAUAACAUUCCUGAAGUUGCUAGCCAGGCUUUUAAGUACCUUUGGCUUUUCAUCAAAGUUCGUGGGUACAAAACUAUAGUCAGGAAACUUCCUCAUGAGGUAAAAGACCUGCUUCCUGUACUACACAUGCUGGAGACCCCGGAAGGUAGCUCAGACUUCUAUGAAAGCUAUGUUCUCCUCCUGUGGUUGUCUAUCAUUGUCUAUAUGCCAUUCAAUAUGAUGGGCUUUGAUACUACAGCAGCUGUAGACAGUCAGCAGUCCGGGGCUAUUGUUGUUGACAGGAUAUUAACCGUCAUCAAAACCCACUUGAGAUCGGGCCAAAAGUCACGAGAGAUGGCAGCCUACCUGGCGUCACGGUUUAUUACAAGGCCUGACCUGAAAGACAAAUAUCUGCCAGAAUUUGUGAAUUAUUGUUUUGAGGUGCUAGAAAAUGACUUGCAAGAAGAUGUACACAGUGUGUUCCAUAAGCUAGGGGUGCUGCGGGCCAUGGGCCUGAUAUUCAAGCAUGGGAAGAGGGAGGAAUUGUUUCCUUACUCACAGGAUGUGCUCUCCCGUCUCCUUGCGUGUCAAGUGACCACCAGUUGUGAUGCUCCGGUCAGGAAAUUGGCCAUGAAACUCAUUCAGCGCAUUGGGCUGACAUUUCUGAAACCAAGAGUAGCAUCAUGGCGAUACCAGCGUGGAAGUCGGAGCCUUGCCAUGAAUGUGCAAGGUGCUGCCUCCGAGAGUCUGGCAGUAAGUGAGACGCUGCCGGAGGAUGACGAAGAGGUGGCUGGAGAGAUUGAAGAAGUUAUAGACAACUUAUUGCAAGGACUAAAGGAUAAAGAUACUAUAGUCAGGUGGUCUGCAGCUAAAGGUGUAGGCCGUGUGACGAGCCGCCUUCCUCGAGAAUUUGGAGAUGAAGUUGUAGGAGCUAUCCUGGAACUGUUUUCUUCUAGAGAAUCAGACAAAGCUUGGCAUGGAGGAUGUCUAGCAUUAGCAGAGCUUGCCCGGCGUGGUUUGCUGCUGCCGGAGCGUUUGCCAGCUGUCGCACCAGUUAUAGACAAGGCGCUCGUCUAUGACGAACUCAGAGGACAGUGUUCUGUGGGUUCGAAUAUUAGGGAUGCAGCUUGCUAUUUGUGUUGGGCAUUUGCUCGAGCCUACCACCCAGACCAGAUGGCUCCUUAUGUUGAACAACUGGCUACUGGACUUUUGAUAGUGUCUUUGUUUGAUAGAGAGAUUCCAUGCCGACGAGCUGCAUCUGCAGCCUUCCAAGAACACGUUGGACGUCAAGGAACAUUCCCUCAUGGCAUUGAGCUUCACACAAUGGUCGACUACUUUGCCGUUGGCAACCGCUCAAAUUCGUUUCUCACUCUAAGUGUUAAAGUUGGCAGGCAUCCAGAGUAUACUCGAGCUUUAAUAGACCACCUGGUAGACAGGAAGGUUAACCACUGGGACUCGGCAAUCAGGGAACUUGCUGCUAAGGCACUCCAUAAUUUAACUCAUUUGGCCCCGGAGUACAUGAGCAAGACAGUUGCACCACGACUCCUGCAUCAGACCACAUCCUCUAUUUUGGUCACAAGACAUGGCUGUAUAUUAGCCUUGGCCAACAUCACCCACGCUCUCUCUCUUGUGGCCAGCAAAGAAGGCAAAGCUUGGAAGGAUAUCAUGGGCCAAGAUAUAUUGGAUGGCAUUGCUAAGAUAGUAGCAACACUAGAAGAAAGGAAGCUGUACCGUGGUAUGGGAGGAGAGUACAUGAAACAGGCAACAUCUGUAAUGAUAGAGAAGUGUUCACUAGCUGCCAUACCAUUCCAUGGCCAGGAAGUCCUUGAUCAGUGGCAUAAUCUACUAGAAGAAUGCAUGAUAUAUGUUGAUGAAAAUAUCCGUGCCGCGGCUCUGGAGGCUCUUCCUCCACUUUGGACAACAUACUUUGAGCCUACAACUGAAGAAAAACUAAAAUGGAGAGAUGAACUGAUCAAAAGAUACACCCAUGCUCUCCAUACAGAUAAAGAGAUACACAGCUUAGGCUUUGCAGCAGCUCUUGGGUGCCUUACACAUUCUCUAGUUGUGGGCAAGUUUGACAUUGUGCUGGAAGGCUUAAUUAAUGCUACAAAAAUCACACCUGGAACUACAAAUUGGGCACAAACAAGGAAGGAAGCAAUAAAUUCAAUAUUUAGAUUGGUGAAAACUGUUGGCAUUAAAAAAGAUGGGAAAGCAUGUGAGCAUGUAUGUCAGAGCAAUCUACCAAGUAUCUAUCAUGCUCUGCUGAACAGUUUAGAUGACUACACCAUGGACCGCAGGGGUGACAUUGGAGCCUGGGUCAGAGAGGCGGCUAUAUCCUCACUACAGGCCUUAACCCUAGCAGUAGUUGCAGAGGAUGCCAGCUUGUUAACAGAAGAUAUUGUCAAGGAAUUGAUGUCUCGUAUUUGUCAGCAAGCGGUAGAAAGAAUAGACAGAACACGAAAAGUGGCUGGAACGGCAUUUGCUGCUCUCCUCUACAGUUCUCCAGAAGUGCCAUUUAUCCCUGACCGACAAGAAGUAAAGAGAGUUUUUCCAAAGCCAAUAUGCGACACAGUGAACUGGGCUUCAGAAAAGGCCACGUUUCAUUUAUUCAUUCAGAUUGUGGACUUUCCAGCGUAUAGGACUCGAGUCCUAUUAGGAAUCACUUACUCAGCUGGAGGAAUCUCGGCAAAUUUGUCUCGGUAUACAAGUGAAGCUAUACACAGCUAUUUGAAUGCUCGUGCCAAGAAACCAGAAUUUCUCUCAUCCUUCCUGGAGACAAUUCUACAGUUGUUUAUUUCUCAUCAAAAAGUGGACCGAAUCACACUCCCAUUAAUCAAGACAGUUGGAGACUUGCUGAGCUCUUCUGCUGUUCUUGAUCCGAUACUGGGAGAUGAUGAUGCCUACACCUCCAGGCUCAUCACUGUGCUGAAAAAGGAGUGUUUUAGAUCAACAGACUACCACAAGCUGGCAGCCGUUAUCACGGCACUGUGUGAAUUGCUGAGAAUGAACAGUAGUGCUGCUAAAUCCUGCCUCACCCAGCUCGUACUGUUCCUUGGAUACCAGUAUCCCAAAGUUCGAACAGUUACUGCAACCAGCUUACUAACUGCAGUGCAAGAUUAUUGUGAUCAAGGCGUUGUACCUGAAGAACACAUAGAGGAAAUCACAAGUAUUUUAGAGGAGACAGAAUGGAUGGAUAAUAUUGAAGAAGUCCGGAAACAACGGAAUCGUCUCUGUGAGUUGUUUGACAUUCCUUCUCCACAGCUCAGAAAAAAAUAACUUGCAUCGUGAUAUUAAUUGUUUGUAUAAUGUGCCUCAUAAAUUGUACAUUCCAGGUUUAUUAUUGCGCCCACUAUAGUCUAGCAUAUGUGCAGUGAGUGGCUUUUGUACCGUCAUGUUGAGAAUUAGGACUUGGGCCAGGUACUGGAACAGGAUAGAUUAUUCAGCAUUAUCAGUGAGUGCCUUUUUUGAUUCAAAGCACCAGACACACAAACUUCUUUGUAGUACAACCACCAUCCCCUCCCACAACAGCAAAUACCAGCUUGUCUCUUCUUCCCUUGUGGAACCAAUCUCCUUCGUCCCUUUCGUGGCUCGUACACUUCCCUGUUGCCCUUCCUCUACUGCUAAAUCAAUAGAUCUACAUGUCACCACCUACCUAAGACCAUAGGAAUACAUAAAAUGGCAGGCGGCUAUUGGGCUAUGCGAGGCAGCUUCUCUUUAUACACAAUAAAACUCGUACCAUACAUUAAAACCAGACCGCUUGAAACAAUCCAGUCAUCCUACAUCUAUUACGUUACCCGAUAAUUGGUUAACUAAAUCACCAGCUCUAUUUCCAGACCAAUAAUUACCCAGGCCUUUUCUAAAUCUAAAUUUAUCCAAUUUGUAUCCACUGUGUUAUGUUCUAAUUUGUCUUGAUAUAUUUAACACCUUAUUAAUGUCCCUAUUGUUAUAUCUUCUCAUCCAUUAAUAUACUUUAAACACAUAACCCCUUAAUCUUCACCUUUCUAGAAAAUGUAAAUUAAUCUUUUUUAAUCUCACUUCAUAAAGGAGGUUUCUAAUUCCUAGGAUAUAAGAAAGUCCAAUGGUUUCAUCACACCAGCCAAUUAAUGUUAUAAAGACAGAGACCAGGAGCUAGAGCUCAUUCUCUGGGAACACAAUUAGGCAAGGGCAUGUUAAACAUAUUAAUUUUGUAUAGUUAAUGCAGAAAAGCACCUACAUACAUACUCACACACACACACACACCUUUGCAAUUGAUUUAAAAGUGUUUGUCUUUGGGAAAAUUAUAAUAUUUAAGUAAUACAGAUUUGUUUAGAUUUUUUUUACACAGGUAAUUUUUUGCUUCAAUGUAUAUUUGUUUAUGGGUUAUCAGUUGGUACCUGUGAUCUCUAAUGCUGUCAACUGUUUCAGGAUUUAGAUUAUCUUUGUCAAAAUGCAAUGUAUAUUUUCAGGAUUUAAGUAGGCUGGCACUAGCAGCGCCCUCAUAAUGUUCAUCACACUUAGCUUUUAGAUAGUACCUAGAUGAAUGUUUUUCCUUCCUUAUUUUAUGUUCAUGUUUUCAAUCUCACGCCAUGUUUGAUGGUAUCAACUCGGAAAGGUUAACCAAGUUCAGGACUCUUACGCUUAUUAUAACAAGCUUCCCGCGUGCUGUAGGGCCUCUUGUUUAUCCUGUCUGGUCACAGGGUAAGAGUAAGGACUUCGUUGUGUGUGAAUAUCGUCCACAUUAUUUUAUCUUAUUUCACAAAGUAUUUGUAAAGAUCUAAUCAAUUAUGUCCAACUGCUCAUCACAUAAGGUAACUCAAGCUUUAAAAUAUUAGGUUCUAUAAUUUAAAUAAAAGCUUGCAUAUUA